CGGUGUUUGGGAGACGACACCAAGCUCACACUCUAUCGCUCACCACCACGAACAUGGAAGGCUGGAAGACACUACAAUCGAGUAUUGGGAACCUCAACAUCGGGGAUUCCGCCAACAGAUUUGCCAAAGGCUUCAGCUCUAGCAUGCAAGCGACUAGAGAACGUUUGGGGCAGGUUGCACCGGAAGAAAUUACAGAAUUGCCUCAAGAGUACAAGGACCUUGAAGCGAGUGUAGAUGCCCUGCGCAAUGCCCAUUUUGCCUUAUUCAAAAUCACCAAAGUAUAUGAGUCUGAGGCUUACGACUACCCUGUCCAAAUACAAGAAUCCAUUUCCGAACUGUCUACCUCAAUCGGUGCAGGAAUUACCAACUUCGCGGCCACUAACCUCAAAGGAACUAGCAUACCUGCACCGAACCCGGUUGCUCCAAAGGAGUCCCAGCAUAAGACGCUCCCUCACGCCUUGGGUCGUGCUGCCACGAAUGCUGCUUUGGCAUUGCGCUCGACCAGUGGAGGCACCGAUGAUAAGCUCGGAAAAGCACUUGUUCUAUAUGCCGAGGGCUAUGAUAAAAUUGCCGCCGCACGAUUGAAUCAGGAUGCCAGCAUCCGAAACAAUUUCCUUCACCCGUGGCAACAAACCCUUAACACCUCAAUCAACGUGGCUAUGAAAGCGCGCCAAGCGGUCCGAGUAAGCCGUUUGGAAUUGGAUGCGGCUAAACAGACCUUGAAAAAUGCCAGUCCCUCAAGGCAGGAGCAAGCCCGACUCGAGGUCGAGAAUGCUGAAGAUGACCUUGUUCAGAAAACGGAGGUCGCCAUUACUCUCAUGAAGACCGUUCUCGAGAAUCCCGAACCAAUUAGGAAUCUUAACGAGCUUGCGAAGGCCCAGCUGGUUUUUCAUUCCGUGGCCGCCGAGACUUUGUCGUCUAUCCAAGGGGAAAUGGAUGAGUUGAGUGUUGCAGCAGAGGGAGAAUACAGGAAGUCCCGUGAUCACUGAAGUACCGUUGGAAUAGACGGGAACUGGAAAAGUUUGUAGAACUUUGAUGAACGAUUAGACUAUUUGUCAGGAUUAACGAGCACAAGCCACCCUUUUACAUACUCUCUUGUGUCGACCGAUGCACGGGGUCGUCACCUUACUUUCGCUCUAUUUGGUUGAGCGAAACUGCCUGGAUUGGAGGUGUAAUUUUCUGUAUGUUGAUUUGAAAUCAUACUUUAUCCACACAAAUUUUUCGCGUUCUCACUUUUUCCUGAUGUUUUCCGAUUCAAAUUCUGAUUCUUCGGACUUUCAUCUCACCCACCA